AUGGAAAUUAUUUCAUCAAAACUAUUCAUUUUGUUGACUUUAGCCACUUCAAGCUUGUUAACGUCAAAUAUCUUUUGCACAGAUGAACUAAUGAUGUCCAAUCUUCACAGCAAAGAAAAUUAUGACAAAUAUGCUGAGGCUAGAGGAUACCCAAAAGGAGAAAAGGAAAGAAGUCUAAAUUUUGAAGAAUUAAAAGAUUGGGGCCCAAAAAAUGUCAUGAAGAUGAGUACACCCACUGGCAACAAAAUGCCACACUUAGCAGCCAACUUGCCAUUGAGAUUUGGGAGGACCACAGAAGAAGAAAGAAGUUUCAGGACAAUGGCCAACCUGCCUCUGAGAUUUGGAAGGAACAUGGAGGUGAGCAUUUCAAGACAUGUUCCUAAUCUUCCCCAAAGGUUUGGGAGAAUGACAACAACCAGUGACACUAAAAUACUUCGUGAUUUGCUUCAACCAUCCACGUAUUCUCUGUCUGCCAAUGAGUUACUUUACUCCAAGACCUGCCAGCACCAAAAACUCCAGAAUCCUGACCAGAAACAACCAAGGAGACUGGUGUUCAAGAAAAUAGAUGAUGCAGAACUGAAAGAAGAAAAAUAA